ACAACUUGAGCGAGGCUGACUUGUCCGCAACUUCAUCCGCCAUCCGCAGAGUCGGGCAACCCGCCAACUUCAUUUUCUUCUGCUAGUUCCCACACCGUUUUGAGCGAUCGAAUUGCUUAUUGGCUCUUUUUCCCGGUGGAUGUUUAACUGAAACACAUGCGGUUGGGAUUCAGUCACUCGCGAACGAGCGUAUUCAAGUUGCUCUAGACAUCUAUCAUGUCAACGUAGCAGUAUUCAAAGUUCGGACCCAAAAGAGGAGAGUCGAAGAGAGAUUGGCAACCAUGUCGUUUGCGAGUACGCCCGUGACUCGGGUCCUGGUGAUGGGGUUAAUCGGGGCUUCGAUCGGGGCCACCCUCUUCGAUAUCAAGCACUACUUUUACAUCUCGGUCGGGACGCACAUACUACAAUAUCGCCAGACAUGGCGCGCGUUGACAUGGCAACUAUGCUAUACCAACUCAUCCGAGGUGUUAUUUGGCGCCAUGGCUCUGUACAACCUCCGCGUCGUUGAGAUGCAGUGGGGCUCAAGGAAAUACGCUUCAUUUGUCUUGGUAUCUGGACUCCUCACGUCCAUCAUCCCGCCGAUCAUCUUGACGGGAAUUCUUCGACCCUUGAGCUGGGGGAUCUUUGACUUCCUGCCGGCAGGGCCCACGCCGCUCAUCUUUGCCAUCCUCGCGCAGUACUACGCCAUGGUUCCGCACAUUUAUCAGUACAAGAUUGCGCUCUCCACGGGUGCCCCGACUAACAACGACGAGGUCAGCGGGGUGACGUUCUCGGACAAGUCGAUUAAGUACUUUAUGGCAUUCCAGCUGGCGCUGUUCCAGUGGCCAGGCUCGCUCCUCGGAGCGGGUGUUGGCUGGCUCGUGGGCCAAGCUUGGCGCAGCGAACUUAUCCCGGGAGCCUUGACCCGCUGGCGUGUGCCCGCGUGGGUUGUGGGGAUGAGGGAUCAAAAAGGGAGCGACAGGUUCGAGGGGAUGCGCAGGAGACUCGAGAGUGAAGGGGCGGCUACGGGGGCUACGUCGGGAGCCCAGCACCAGGCUGGGGGUGAUGGGAAUAGACGGAGGACCAUGGGGCAGCAGCUUUUCGACGAGGUACGCGGCGCCUUCUGAUGUUGACGGCAGCGUAUUGGGUACUAUGGUAAUUCACCCUUUGUGGUCAUCAACCGAGCCUCUAUCUAAGAAUGCACUUUCUGGUUGUCGAGAGGGCCCGAUGACAAACAUCUUCACCGCC